AUGCACCACGAACCAAAACCCUCCCUCGAAAAUGCCCCAAUCUACCCAGAAGGCGGCCUCCGCGCGAACCUCGUCGUCCUCGGCAGCUUUAGCUCAAUAAUGGGCGGCCUAGGCCUCAUGAACAGUAUAGGAAUCUACCAAGCCUGGAUAUCCACGCACCAACUCUCGCACCUCUCAUCUGGCCAAAUUGGCUGGAUAUUCGGACUCUACAAUUUCCUUGUCUUCUUCUGCGGGAUCCAAAUCGGACCAAUCUUCGACGCCAAGGGCCCGAAGGCCCUGAUGUGGUUUGGCUCCUUCCUUGUCGUUCUCACAUUCGUCCUCAUGGGUUUCUGUACGCUCUAUUGGCAUUUCAUUGUCGUGAUCGGUAUCCUUGGUGGAAUGGGAACGAGUUUCAUUUUCAUCGUUCCUGUUGCUAGUAUUGGGCAUUUCUUCUGUCGUCGACGUGGUGCGGCUACGGGUCUUGCGUUGAGUGGGGGGAGUAUUGGGGGUGUGAUAUUCCCUCUCGUGUUGGAGAAUCUCGCGCCGAAGAUUGGGUUUGCCUGGUCGACAAGGGUUAUCGGAUUGAUCACGUUGGUCCUUCUGAUUCCGGGGUGUUUGCUUGUUCGUACGAAUUUCCCACCGAAAGAUCCGAGUCCGCCGUCGGCGAAGGUUUUCUUACCUGAUUUGACGAUUUUGAGAGAUCCGGUCCUGGCAUUGACGACGCUUGGGGUUUUCUUUAUCGAAUGGGGGUUCUUUAUUCCUCUUGAGUAUAUCGCGUCUUAUUCGCUCGCGUCUGGGGUUCCAAGGCAAUUGUCUUAUUUGAUGGUUGUUUUCUUUAACGCUGGUUCGUUUCCAGGAAGGUGGUUGCCGGGGAUUUUGGCGGACAAGAUUGGACGCUUCAAUACUUUGAUUCUGACGAAUGUAUUGUGUUUGAUUUCUGUCCUUGCUAUCUGGAUGCCUGCGGAAGGUAACAUCGCUGCAGUGAUUAUCUUCUCUGUUGUCUUCGGUUUCGCGAGCGGGAGCAACAUUAGCCUGGUUCCCGUGUGCGUUGGUGAGCUCUGUCCGGUGCAGAACUACGGUCGGUACUAUACAACUGUGUAUACCAUUGUCAGCUUCGGGGCUUUGACUGGUGUUCCCAUCGCGGGUGAGAUCCUCAACCGCUGUGGUGGCGAGUACUGGGGUCUCAUUUCGUUCGCUGGAUGUGCAUAUGCGGCAGGACUGGGGUGUUUUGCUAUUGUUAUAUGGUUGCAGAAGCGCAGAGCAAGCAAGCAAUGA